GCUCCGCCAUGGUUUUGUGUGAUUCUGAUGUUAUUAAUGCACAGGAAAAGAGUGUUUCCACAGAAUUUCAAGUAAAACACAUACCAAUUUGAUUAUUUUUCUUCUUCUAUUUUGUGUGAUUCUUGAUAUUAUUGAUGCACAGGAAAAGAGUGUUUCCAAAGAACCUCAAGUAAAAAACAUACUAAUAUGAUUUUGUUUUCUUUUAUUUUCUUUUCAUUUUGUGUGUCUGAUUUGAUGUUAUUGAUGCCCAGGAAAAGAGUGUUUCCAAAAUACUUCAAGUAAAACAAAUACCAAUUUGAUUUUCUUUUCUUCUUAUUUUUGUUUUCAUUUUGUGUGUCUGUGUGAUUCUGAUGUUCUUGAUGUACAGGAAAAGAGUGUUUCAGCAGAUUUUUAUGUAAAACACAUACCCAUUUGAUUUUCUUUGUUUUUAUUGUGUGAGUGUGUGAUUCUGAUGGUAUUAAUGCACAGUUAAAGAGUGUUUCCCAUAAUUCCAAGAAAAGAGUGUUCCCUGGUGGGAGCUCAACCGAUGCGCAGGUGGCGGAAGUCUCGGCCCCGAUUGCUUGGAUUUCAAAAUCAGAGAGUGCUAAACAGAAGGAGCCUAUUCACCAUGGAGAUGUUGACAUGAAAGGAGGUGAUAAUGAUGUGAUGUUCAUUGAUGGGAAUACUGGAUCCCGUGGCAAAGGGAAGGAUUUUCUCGAGCUAUCCCUUGGUUGUGGUGGUUCAGAAUAUAGUGUUGGACCGAGUCAAGUUCAGUCUUCGAAGAAGCACUGCCCUUCAGAAUCAGGUGAAGUGCCUGCGAACCUUUUUUAUGAAGAUGAUCCGUCUAUGGACAUGUACUUUAAUGACCUAGCACAUCACGACUAUGCCAUUUUGCAAUCACAUUUUGAUCAUAUGGAUACUCCACCCGGAGUUGAGGUUCCAAUCCCAUGGAUGUCUGGUUUUGCUAAAGCUAAAAUGGCAUCAACCACUACAAGCACAUCGUCCACUUCAAAAGCUCUGAAUUCUCCUUUUGGAAGAGAAACCCCUGAGGUACCAAAGUACCCGUCCACUUCAUUUUAUGACUUAAAUCAUGUUUUUAAGCCUACACCAUUUGAGCUAUCUUCGUCAUCUCUGGGACCUGCUGUUGUCAAGGGCAAAUUUUCUGCCAAAGCAAACUCAAAGGGGAUAUGUUUUAAAGAACAAAAUGGUUCUACAAAUGUUUCGCCCGGGGUAGAAAAAUCUCUUAACAUUCAAGGGUCUCGUCUUAGAAGGAAGAUCCAUUUAUCGCCUGGAACAGUUUCUCAUAGUUGGCGUACUCCAUCUAUUCCUGGUGGAGCUCCGUUCCCUACAGCUCACUUUGUACCUCCACCAAUGCCUAGUUGGAUGAAUUGUCCCCCUAAUAUGCCAACUGCUCAAGCUUCUUCAGGGUUUAUGCUCACACCAGGUGCUAUGAACCCUCUCCCUCUGCAUCAGGUUCAUCCAGGGUUUAUGCUUGCACCAGGUGAUAUGAACUCUCUUCCACUGGAACAGGUUCAUCCAGGGUAUAUUCUCCCACCAGAUGCUAUGAACUAUUUUCUUCCAGAACAGCUUUCUACGGGGCCUGUUCUUGCACCAGGUGCUAUGCACUAUUUCCAUCAGGAAAUGGAUCAUGAACUCUGGACGCAUGGUCCGCAUAACAGUGCAAGUCUAUCACUCCAAUGUGAAUCAGCUCCUACUAUGGAACAACAUGGAGAUUUAGGUGAAAGUCUGAAGAAUUUCCGUCUUUUCAAGAAAUUUGAUACUGUUCAAGAUCAUUCAGGCAAUUACUUUUCUGGACUUGCAUCUCAUGACAACCAGGCCUCUAAGGGUUGUGCCAAGAGGAUACAGGAGGAGUGGAAGAUACUGGAGAAAGAUUUACCUGAUACCAUAUUUGUCCGGGUGUAUGAAACAAGAAUGGAUCUGUUGAGAGCAGUAAUUAUUGGAGCUGAUGGAACUCCUUACCAUGACGGUUUGUUCUUUUUUGAUGUUUACUUCCCUAGCAACUAUCCCAAUGUUCCACCGCAUGUACACUACCAUUCUUUUGGCCUUCGGAUCAAUCCAAACUUGUAUGAGUGUGGAAAAGUCUGCCUGAGCCUUCUUAACACUUGGGGUGGUAGAGGGAAGGAGAAAUGGAUCCCUGGUGAAUCAACUAUGCUGCAAGUUUUGGUUUCCAUACAAGGGCUAAUAUUGAACGCAAAGCCCUAUUUCAAUGAGCCUGGAUAUGCCAAGAUGAAUGGCUCAGCCAUAGGGGAACGAAACUCACUGCGCUAUAACGAGCACACUUGCAUUUUUAAUCUAAAGACAAUGGUCUUUUGUAUGAGGCGACCACCACAGCACUUUGAGGAUUUUGUUAUAGGGCAUUACUUUCAAAGUUGUCAAGAUAUUCUUGUGGCAUGUAAAGCAUAUAUGGAAGGUGCUCGUGUGGGUAGCCUUGUUAGAGGCUGCGUUCUCGAGGAUGGUGGUGAUAAAGGUUGUUCUCGGAGUUUCAAGGCCAUGUUGGCGGGAUUCAUCGAGGUACUUGUAGAGGCAUUCAAAAAGAUUGGUUGCGAGGAUUGUGAUAAGUUUCUUCCUUUGGCAGAAAAGGCGUCAACCAGAGUAACUCCAGUUAAGAUGGAGACUGCUGACCAUAUAUAGACUUCAAUACUGUUAUACACCUUAUGUUGACAAACUAGUUUUCAGACUUGAAUCAUGCAGCAGAGUGUCCAUGUUUGUGGAUGAUAAUUUGUAUAUGGCUGCUAUGACAUAGUUUUUCAUUUCAACUAAUUGAUCAAGUAACUGUUUGUUAACUCUUGGU